GCGAACAUAGACUGAUAGAGUACAAACCACAACAAAGCACAACCUUGCAGAUUUGCGUUUGUGUUAACCAAGUAGAUGCAAUAUUUAAAAUCCAAUUGUUUUCUCCACCAGUAUGGGAAUUGACAUGAGCAGACCAGCUUCUUCAAGCCAACAGAUAUGCCAAGAGGGGCACCUGCUGAUUCAUAUGAAGAUGGAUGUUAUAACAAGAGAGGAUGGACAACAGACUUUGACUUUAAGGUGUUUUUUAUGUGACAGUGUGUUAAGGAUGAGUGGCUUCAGUAGAUCUGAAUUUAUUAAUCAUCCGGUUGUAACUGCUGUGGGUCAAACUUUGCAAAAUGGCCAGAAAGCAAAUCAAGCAGACACAAACCCUACAGAAAGAGAGUCUAAAUUUGAUGACUUUGCACAUAAUUUUAUAAAGACAGACUCAGAUUUAACCUGUGAAGACUGUGAAGGUAGCAUUGGGUUAGACAUGCAGGUUGAAAGUUAUGAGAGCGGCCAGUUUGAUCUUGCCAAACAUAACCAAGGAAAUAUUGCAACAGUUAGUGACCUUUUAAAAAAUCCCAACCAGAUUGCACCUCUUGCUAAUCAUACAGCAAAAGCUGGCAUCUCAUCUGUUCCACAGACUUUUUCUGCCCAGAGAGGAUUCAGUGCACCUUCUGGAGUGAGGAAACCAACGUGUAAAUUUUGCAAUGCAACUGAAGGAGAAUUUGAACAAGGUUUAAUCUGGGGCCACAACUGUAAAAAGUUGGAAGGCAACAUUUUCAUCUGUUGCGUCUGCAAUGAGUAUUACGACAGCUGUAACUUGGUGACAGAAUGUGAAAGGAAACACAGACUUAUAAAAAACAGUUAUAACAAGGAAGAGUUUAAGUGUAUGGUCUGUAGUAUAAAAUUUGCAGAUUUAAGGGAAACAAAAAGGCAUGAACUUUGUCACAAUUCAAAUGACUCUGAAGUGCAUUUUGGUAUCUCUGUGCAGCCUGAAUUAAACUCCGACUCCAAAUCUCAGGGACCUGAAUCAGAAAACCAGCAAACACAGAAGUUGCCAUCUAUGGCAUCAUCCACACCAUCAAACAACAUACAAGUGCCACACCAUGAAAACCUGUCAUUGACAGUGGGUACACAAAUUCUACCACCCAUCAUCAGUCCACAAGAUUUACAACACAUAAAAUUCAAGUCGCAAAAGCCUGAACAGUUCUGUGUAGCAUUAAUGGCAAAGAUAUUUAGUAAUGCCGAACGGUUGCAGAAUGACACAAAUAUUUUGGGAACUUUCAAUAAAAAGAAAUUCUGCCCAGUUCGUAUACAGUUCAUAAAAGACUGUGUCCAUCAAAAUUAUCCACAGCAUUUCCAAAAUGAGAUGUGCCGGUGGAGAAAAUGUGUCGGUGCCAUGAACAGUGCUAACAGAUCUUUAAGAUUUUAUAAUGCAACAAAGUCUUAGGUUGAUGUUUAUCAAAAAACAAGGUUGAAAAACCAAAAUAGUUAAGAAUACUUUACGAGCACCCCAUGUGACUGCAGGUAUGGAAAACGACCAUUUCAUCCAUUUGUACACACUUUCCCCAGAGAGUGAUACAUGCAUGCUUCACUUUCAUUAUUAUGUACUAGUAUUUUUUUAUCAGUACCAGUAUGACUUUUAUCCAAAAUUAUAAUAUGCAGGGUUUGACAUUAAGGGUUGCAUGGUUGCAAUUUGCAACCACUUUUUCCACUCAUGCAAUUAAAUCUUGAACAGGAGUUGUCCAACAAUGCGACUCAUUCAAUUUUGAGUAUUUUUCAUUCAUUGUAUGUUUUACACUGUGUUUUAUGGCAUUGGCUCCUCUUGGUAAUGUUUACAGUAGUUGUUUGUGUUUAUUGUAAUAUAGCA